UCUUCACGGGUGCACUCCAUCACCGACAGAAUCAAUCAUUGCGUCAUUGCGUAAUUGCGGGGCAGUGCCGCCCACUGUUAUAUAUAUGGGCAGGUAACUGCGCCUUUGAUGUGCGUCAUACCUUCCUCCCGGAUGCUGUGAUCAGUCAGAUCGUGGUUUGGCGUGGCCGUGACAGAUCGGUGAUCCAUACUCCCUAAUUGUGCGGUAGGUUACGCUGGUAGGAUUAUUGAAUGCAGUGAUGAAGUUAUGGCGAGUGGUAGUGGUGUCACGCUUCCACUCUGUUGUGUGCAGAGUCUGCUGCGUUGCCUGUGCGGAGCUGAAGUGUGCUCCCUCCACUGUGGGUGAACACAUCAGUGUCGGAAGGUAAGCUGGCUACAUUAUGCUCUGGCCCCUGGUAGCUCUUGUUGGACCGCUGACUGAAUGGCUUUUUGGUCUUUAGUUGCCGUGGACGGCAAGUGAGCCGUGCGCUCUCUCUCUCUCUCGCUCUCCCUCUCCUCACGAGUUGGAAGCGCUGCGCUGCUAUCCUCUGGGCAGGAGCUGUGGGGCAGAUAGCGGCUGGUCCCCUGGUGGUGGUGUCCGUCAUUGGUCCCUCGGCUGUACAGCACUUGGGUGUCAUCUGGAUGGUGUACGGUACUCACUGUGGUGUAGACUAAGACCCCUUUCCCUUCUCAGAUUUCCUCCAGCUGCAUUAGGCCCCCAGCCCUGGCCCGGCCUUGUGUUUUUUUAUUAAGCGGAGCAGGUAGUCUACAUUGUCCCCCGCUAAGACUAAGACAGUGAUUGACUCCUGUUAUUAAUAGUAUUUUUAAAGAUUGUUAAUAAAAUAUUUACUUAUUGUUGGAAUCACGUCUAAUCUCAGUGCUUUUCGAACCUGUGCCCUUAGUCUAGGUGGAGACUUAACGUGGCCCAUAUUAGUAAUUUUAUUUAGUUAUUUCCUCGGGGUGAAAUUCCCUGAGGUGGCGUUGUCGGUUUGUCCUCACCUCCCACCAUUUUGCCACAUCUUGGCGUUGUCGGCAGGAUGCACUCUUGAAGAUAGAGACGUGAAUUCCAUUUUUUUUGUUUUCUUUAAUUCUGUUUUACUCAUAGGGUUACAUUGUGGGAUUGUUUAUUUUACUGUGAAUUUGUGUGUUGUAGGGGGGACAGAACAGCAGUAUUUGCCACAGAGUGAACUAGUUUUAUAUUAAGUGAAUUUUGUGCAGUGUGUGUGCACCUUACUUAUUAUUAUGGAGGAGGAAAUGCAGCAGCUUAGAGACCUGGUUAUGCAGCUCCGGACCGAUAACGAGCGACUAUUGCGGGAAAGGGCUUUGUCUCCAGCGGGUCCUAGUACAGCUAACCUAGCUUCCCCGGCAUCUGGUCGUGAGGCCCCAGUUCUAGGCCCCAGCGCUUCUGUUACCGAGCGGUUGGUGGUAGUGCCUAGAGACCGGCGGUGUCCUAUGUUUAAUGGGAGAACAGGCAUAGUGAUAGCCGAGUGGACCGAGGAGAUACAGGCAUGCAUGCGUGUCCGCCAUCUGUCUGUCAUUGACCAGGCCUUCUUUAUUUUCGAUCAUUUGGAAGGAGAGGCACGGGAGGAGAUUAAGUAUCGCACUAGUGUGGAGCGUGGCGACCCCAUUAAGGUUUUAGCCAUUUUAAAGGAGUUGUAUGGUUGUGCUCAGUCAUAUGUCACCUUACAGCAAGCCUUUUUUGCUAGGAAGCAGCAAGAGGGCGAAACACUCCAGGAGUUUUCCCUGGCCCUAAUGGCUCUUAUGGAAAAGGUGGAACAAUGUGCUCCUGAUGGUUUGCUUAAUGCAAGGGUGUUACUUCGUGACCAAUUUGUAGAGCAUGUCCUUGACAGUGCUCUUCGUCGGGAAUUAAAACAGUUUGUCCGUGGCCAACCUGAUGCUACUCUUUUGGAGGUGCGUGCAGAAGCCAUUAGGUGGGAGAGGGAAGGGUUUCCAGGGGGCACUAGAGAACGCAGUUACUCCCUCCCUUCAACGUAUGGCCUUCAGUGUAGGGUACAGAGUGGUCCCGGCCCGGCCCCCCUUGCUGCCUCAUAUGGGUCAGAGCUAGGAGAGUUAAAGGAGCUUUUGAAGCGUCAGCAGGAACAGCUCAAUCAGCUCACCCAGACAGUAGCGUCUUUGCAGAACCGUCCCAUACAGACUCACCCUCCUCGCAGUGGCCCGCUGAUCUGUCGAAGGUGCCAUCAGCCGGGGCAUUUCGCGAGAGAAUGUGUUGGGGAACGGGUUCCUGCUCGUGCUAAUUCUGCCACUGGAUUUCCCUCUAACAGGGCCAGGCCAUUUCCCCGCUCUCACCAGUCGGAAAACUGACGCCCUCUGAGUUGUUGAGCCACAGCUCAGAUGGGGAGCCGAUGGGCUCACAGGUUGGUCCUACAGCCAGAUUGAUGUCAUCUUGUCCCACCAUUGAGGUUUCAAUGGGGGGGGUUUCCAUUUCCUGUUUGGUGGACACAGGGUCAAUGGUGUCCACCAUUACUGAGAGUUUCUUUCUAGAGCAGUUUGCACCGUGGAGUCAUGAUCGUCUUCAGUCGUGUCACUGGUUGCAGCUUCGGGCAGCUAAUGGC